AUGGAGGAGGCAAUCCAGUGGGCGGUGGAGCGUCAUAUCGAGCAUCUGGCAGACAUCGUUUGCACAGAGGACGGGGAAGUGAAUCUGGGUGCGAUGGUAGCAGAAGACAGUCUGGUGCGGGUGGAGGAGGAUAUGCAGGUUGGGGUGUUAGCUGCUCAUGGACCAGUUGAAAUCCCAUGUGAAGGAAGGCUGGUCGUGGAGCUUGGCUGUGGAGAGGGAGAUCGGUUGGUGGCAGAAGAAAAUUUGUCUCCAAGACCCAUUAUAAGCCAUGGGGAUUUGACAGCACCCGCUGUGAUGCAGCUCAAUAUAGAUCAGUCGGCAGCUUUGGAGAGGGACCCUAAACAAGUCAAACUAAGGGUCGACGGGGGAUUCUUCCUUCAGAUAGGCAGCUACGGUCCACGUCGACCGCUUCCAGCAACUCCUUCCAGGUUCUUUUCCAUGAUUAAUGCUCUUUUCUGGAACAUCAGGGGGGUUGCUAAGCCUCCUAAUUUGAGACGACUUAAAAAAUUAAUUCGUUUGAAUAACUUCCAAUUGGUAGCUAUUUGCGAGCCUAAACUCAAUGUUAAGAAUGUGGAGUCAAUCCGAUUAAGGCUAUCUUUUGAUGCUGUAGUGGUUAACUUAUCGACGGAUAUUUGGGUGUUUUAUAAUUUGCCUUUUACUUGCUCUGUCAUUGGUAAUUCGGAUCAGCACAUUUCCCUUUUAUUGUCACAUUCGUGGCUACCAUGUGCACUGCACUUCUCUUUUGUUCACGCCAAAUGUACAUUAGAGGAGCGUAAGGAGCUAUGGCAAGCCUUGGUCCUUGAGAAACCAAGUUCCCAACCGUGGUGUAUUUGUGGGGAUUUUAAUGCUAUUAUUGCUCCUGAGGAAAAGAAAGGGGGACGUCCCUUUGGUAGUUCGGAGGGUUUGGAGCUAAUGUCGUUCAUGGAGGAGGCGGAGGUGUUUGAUGUAGGUUUUUCGGGGUCGUCAUUCACCUGGUGUAACAACCGUCAGGGCAGGGCGAGAAUUUGGAAGAGAUUGGAUAGAUUGCUGAUUAAUGAGGAAUGCUCUGACCUCCCUGCAUCUGUUGCAGUUUCUCAUUUAGCUAGGCAUCCUUCUGAUCACGCUCCGUUAAAAAUAUCUUUUGCGUCCCGUUUGGAUAGCAAGCCACACCCAUUCCGAUUCCUUAAUGUCUGGACUUCCAAUGGUUCGUUACUUGAUGUCAUUCGUACUGCCUGGCAGUGGGAGUGCCAGGGUUCACCCAUGAAGAUCCUAUGGACGAAAUUGCUGAGUACUAGAAGGGCCAUCCAGGAGUGGAACAAGCAUACUUUCGGGAACAUUUUUGACGCGUCCCGGGAGGCAGAGGCUGCUGUGCGCCGGACAGAGGCAAGACUGGAGACUGAGGGCUCUGAUGACGCUCAGGUGGAGCUUCAUCGGGCUCAAGCAUGGCUCAAUAAUGCGUUGUCUGUGGAAGAACACUACUGGAAGCAGAAGAGGAGAACGCAAGGGAUUAUUCACCGGAUUAAAGACGCAAACGGAGUGUGGUUGGAAUCUGACGAGGAGAUAGCAAAUGAAGCGGUGAGCUAUUUUUCGGAUCUUUUCUCUGAGCCAGCGGGUAAUGCGGAGGACUUGCUGCAGGUGAUCCCAACAUGUGUUACAGCUGAGGAGAGUGCUCGCUUGGAGGCCGACCCGACUAUGGAGGAGGUGAAGAGGGUCAUUUUCGCAAUCGAUGGGGAGAGUGCAGCGGGCCCGGAUGGUUUCACGAGUAGGUUUUUUUCUUUCGCUUGGGAGGUGAUUGGGCCGGAGGUAUUUAAUGCUAUUCUGAGUUUUUUUUGUGGGGCUGUGAUUCCUCGGUUCUUUACCUCCACUUCCAUUAUAUUGAUCCCAAAAGGGCCCAACCUUCAGGACUUCUCGAAAUUUAGACCGAUUAGCCUGUGCACUUUUUUCAAUAAAGUGCUAUCCAAGAUCUUGGCGGAUAGAUUGGCCUCCCUCUUGCCGUGCCUGGUGUCGCAUCAGCAAACUGGCUUUGUUAAGAGACGGAACAUUACUGAGAACUAUCUGCUCACACAAGAGCUAGUGUCAGGGAUACGCAAGGCUUCGAGGGGAGGAAAUGCUGCUUUAAAAUUGGAUAUGUCCAAAGCUUAUGAUAGGGUAUCUUGGCUAUUCCUGAUCAAUGUUUUGCGGCGUUUCGGGUUUGGGGAAAGAUUUAUUGAUAUGGUGUGGAGACUGAUCUCAAAUGUGCGGUUUUCGGUUAUUAUCAAUGGGGCCUCCUAUGGUUUCUUUCAAUCGAGGAGGGGGCUAAGACAGGGGGAUCCUUUAUCUCCCGCGCUGUUUGUGCUAGGGGCAGAGGUUCUAUCUAGGGCAUUAAACAACGUUGUAGCACAGGCUGGUUUUAUGGGGUUCAAAGUACCGUUGGGGUGUUCCCCAGUUACGCACUUGGCCUUCGCGGAUGAUGUGUUGAUUUUUACUAAUAGAUCUGCUCGUGCUUUACGGAAUAUUAUUCGGGUGUUGGAAUUAUAUCAAAGUUCGUCCGGUCAACAGGUAAAUGGGCAAAAGAGUGGUUAUGUGGUGCAACCGUCCACCCCCAUAGCACGGUGGAGGACUAUCGAGCGUAUUACAGGGUUCCCUCAGCUGCAAUCUCCUAUCCGGUACUUAGGGUUCCCGCUAUACCUCGGAAGGAGUAAGGCAUCGGAUUUUGGGGAAGUGAGUCACGCUGUACUUGGGAGAAUUCUUUCAUGGAAGUCCAAGCUGUUGUUCCAGGGGGGCAAGCUCGUGCUUAUCAAACAUGUCCUUUCUUCUAUUCCCUUGCACUUAUUAUCGGCCGCAGUAUUACCGGCUUCAGUGUUUAGCAUGAUUGAGAAGGUUUGUUCUAACUUCUUGUGGGGAUCAAGCGAGGGGGGACCUAGGUAUCAUUGGAUUCGAUGGGAUCAGUUGUGCUUUCCAACGGAGGAGGGGGGAGUGGGUUUCCGACAACUCCGAGACGUGUAUACGGCAUUCUCAUUGAAGUUAUGGUGGAAAUUCCGUAGGGGGGAUUCUUUAUGGGCUAAGUUCUUGCUAGCAAAAUAUUGUCGCCAUUCUCAUCCGUGUCAGGUGGAGUAUACUGCAGGGGCGUCGGCUAUUUGGAAACGGCUAACUAAUGUGAGCCGUCACGCGGAACUGUCCAUGCGGUGGUUGGUGAAUUCGGGAACAUGUGAUUUUUGGUAUGACAACUGGUUGGGUAGCGGGGCUCUCUUCCACAGAGUCCCAGUUCGGGACACCCUGACAUUCAAGGAUUUUUUGGUAGAUGGACGAUGGAGCUCACUGCUCCUUGCUCGCCAUUUUCCCACGGACAUCAUGGAUUUGAUAUUACAGCAGCCUCCCCCAGUUGGUGAGCGGCCGGAUGAGUUGGUAUGGAUGCCGUCGGCCUCCGGGCAGUUUUCGUUAUCAUCCGCUUUCCAAGAGGUCAGGCAAGUGCGGAGCGCAUCCUGGAUUUUUUCCCACAUUUGGCAUCGGCAGCUCCCCUUGAAGGUAUCCUUUUUUAUGCUCCGAUUAUUGUUACAGAGGCUGCCGCUCAAUGACGCCUUGGGUAGGUUUGGGGUUCAAUUACCAUCAAAGUGUUUUUGUUGCCGCUCGGCGACAGGGGAGUCGAGUGAGCAUAUUUUUUCAUCAGACCAACUAGCAAGGGAGGAAUGGAGUUACUUUGGAGCCGUCUGUGGAAUAGGUUCGCCUCAGGGUCGGGUGUGCGAUAGAAUGGUGAUGUGGUGGCUGUCCAGCCAGUCAAAGGGUCAAAGACGGGUGGUGGUCUCCAUUCUCCCAUCCUUUAUCUGCUGGCAUAUUUGGAAGGCAAGAAACAAAGCAGUCAGGGAGGGGGUUAGCUUGUCAUCAGGAGACAUCUGUCAUGGUAUUAUCCAGGAUGUUGUGUUGGCAGUCUCCAGCGAGGUAAACAGGUGGAAUCUCUGCCUGCCUUUUGACCAAUUUUUUGAUAGGCUAUCCACACCCCCAGUGCCGCUUCAGUGCAGAAUUGUUCGGUGGCAGGCAGCAGGCACGGGGAUAGCGACACUUAAUACAGACGGAUGGUCUAAGGGUAACCCGGGAGUAAGUGGCGGGGGUGGUGUUCUCCGGGAUUCAGAGGGUCGCUUUUUGAUUGGCUAUUCAGUUUGCCUGGGGGUUAGUACGAGUUUACGUGCGGAGGUAUUGGCCUUGUUAGCGGGUCUUCGUCUUUGUCAUCAGAGAGGAUUCACACAGGUUCGAGUACAAUCCGAUUCGUUGGUAUUGGUUGGUAUAUUGCAACGCCGGUUACAGUGUCCGUGGCAGAUUCGAAGAGAGGUAUUCCAUAUAUGGCAGCUAGAGGAGGAUUCAGGGCAUUUCUCUCAUUGCUUUCGCGAGACAAAUACGGUGGCAGACAUCCUCGCCAAUGAAGGCCUCCUGCACCCUCUUGUCCGGAUGAAGAGUUAUAACUAA